GAGGGAAUAGGGCUGCACUCACCUGGGGCUCAGGCCCCCACAUCGAUCCCAAAUCAGGCAGAUGCCUGCCAUUAUGGGGGAGCCUGAAGUAGAAGGAAGAAAAAGGAAGGACCUGCCUCUGCCCAGAAAGAGUAGCAGCUGCCGUACCAGUAAUAGGAAAAGCCUCAUCUUGACCAGUACGUCACCUACUCUACCGAGGCCCCAUUCUCCACUCCCUGGACACAUAGGCAGCAGCCCCCUGGACAGUCCCCGCAACUUCUCACCCAAUACUCCUGCCCAUUUCUCGUUCGCCUCCUCUCGCAGGGCAGAUGGACGCCGCUGGUCUCUGGCUUCCCUCCCCUCCUCUGGCUAUGGCACCAACACGCCCAGCUCCACAGUCUCUUCGUCCUGCUCCUCCCAAGAGCGGCUUCAUCAGCUCCCUUAUCAGCCCACGGUGGAUGAGCUGCACUUCCUGUCCAAGCACUUUGGCAGCACAGAAAGCAUCCCAGAUGAGGAUGGGGGCCGUCGCUCACCCGCUGCUCGGCCCCGCUCCCGAAGCCUCAGCCCUGGCCGUUCCCCUUCCUCCUACGACAAUGAGAUCGUGAUGAUGAACCAUGUGUACAAGGAGAGAUUUCCCAAGGCUACGGCACAGAUGGAGGAGAAGCUUCGAGACUUUACUCGAUCCUUUGAGCCUGAGAGCGUGCUCCCGCUGGCCGAUGGCGUCCUCAGCUUUAUCCAUCACCAGAUCAUAGAGCUUGCCCGAGACUGCUUGGCUAAGUCCCAUGACGGCCUCAUCACCACUGUCUACUUCUAUGAGCUGCAGGAGAACCUGGAAAAGCUGCUACAGGAUGCUUAUGAACGCUCAGAAAGCCUGGAAGUUGCCUUUGUCACUCAGCUAGUGAAGAAACUGCUCAUCAUCAUCUCUCGCCCAGCCCGGCUGUUGGAGUGUCUGGAAUUUAACCCAGAGGAAUUUUACCACUUAUUGGAAGCAGCCGAGGACCAUGCCAAAGAAGGCCACCUGGUGAAGACAGAUAUUCCUCGCUACAUCAUCAGCCAGCUUGGCCUCACCCGAGAUCCCUUUCCAGAUGUAGUUCACCUCGAGGACCAAGACAGUGGAGGCUCCAACACCCCUGAGCAGGAUGACUUUGCAGAGGGGCGUGGUGCCACCCCCAAGGCCAAGAAACCCCCUGGUGAGAAUGACUUUGAGACCAUCAAACUCAUCAGCAAUGGUGCUUAUGGGGCUGUGUACUUGGUAAGGCACCGAGAGACACGCCAGCGCUUUGCCAUGAAGAAGAUCAACAAGCAGAACCUGAUCCUUCGCAACCAGAUCCAGCAGGCGUUCGUGGAGCGCGACAUCCUCACCUUUGCUGAGAACCCCUUUGUCGUCAGCAUGUUCUGCUCCUUUGAGACCAAGCGCCACCUCUGCAUGGUCAUGGAAUAUGUGGAAGGAGGUGAUUGUGCCACGCUGCUUAAGAACAUUGGGGCCCUGCCUGUGGAGAUGGCGAGGAUGUACUUCGCAGAGACAGUGCUGGCGCUGGAGUACUUGCACAACUAUGGCAUCGUGCACCGAGACCUCAAGCCUGACAACCUCCUCAUCACCUCCAUGGGCCACAUCAAGCUGACAGACUUCGGCCUCUCCAAGAUGGGCCUGAUGAGCCUCACCACCAACCUGUAUGAGGGUCACAUCGAGAAGGAUGCCCGAGAGUUCCUGGAUAAGCAGGUAUGUGGGACACCUGAGUAUAUCGCACCCGAGGUGAUCCUGCGUCAGGGCUACGGGAAGCCUGUGGACUGGUGGGCCAUGGGCAUCAUCCUCUAUGAGUUCCUGGUGGGCUGUGUGCCCUUCUUUGGAGACACCCCCGAGGAGUUGUUUGGGCAGGUCAUCAGUGAUGACAUUCUGUGGCCUGAGGGGGAGGAGGCCUUGCCUGCUGAUGCCCAGCUCCUUAUAUCCUGCCUCUUACAGACCAACCCUUUGGUGCGCCUGGGUGCAGGUGGUGCAUUUGAAGUGAAGGAGCACAGCUUCUUCCGAGAGCUGGACUGGACUGGCCUAUUGCGGCAGAAGGCAGAGUUCAUCCCCAACCUGGAGUCAGAGGAUGACACUAGCUACUUUGACACCCGCUCCGACAGGUAUCAUCACGUCAACUCCUAUGACGAAGAUGACACAACAGAGGAUGAGCCUGUGGAAAUCCGCCAAUUCUCUUCCUGCUCUCCCCGAUUCAGCAAAGUAUACAGCAGCAUGGAACAGCUGUCCCAACAUGAGCCCAAACCUCCCACAAGUGGCAAGCGGGAAGCUGGCACCAAGAGCCAAGAGGAGAAGGCAGCCAGCAAGCGGGAGGGGCUGGGCGGCCUCACCCUGCGCGACAAGAGUUGGAGGGGGGGGUCCCCUGAGAUCAAACGCCUGUCAGCCUCUGAGUCAUCCUUCCUGGAGGGGGAGGCCAGUCCCCCACUGGGUGCGCGCCGCCGCUUUUCAGCGCUCCUGGAGCCCAGCCGGUUUAGUGCUCCCCAGGAGGAUGAGGAUGAAGGGAGGGUGCAGAGGCCUCCCCGGCCUAGCUCUGAUCCCCCUGGGAGUCUAGACAGCAGAGCCCCCAAGGACGGAAUUGCAGGGGACAGCACCCCCAGCACUGGAGACUCAGAGCCUGGUGAAUUGGUCCUACCCCCUAAAGAUGGAGACCCAUCAACCCCCAAGGCCACAAAUGACCUGGUCCUUCGACGGGCAAGGCACCAACAGCAGAUCUCUGGAGAGCCUGCGGAGAAGCGGCCCUCACGUCCUGGGGGCAAGGUCAUCAAGUCAGCCUCUGCCACUGCUCUGUCUGUCAUGAUCCCCACAGUAGACCAGCAUGGCAGCUCUCCCCUGGCCAGUCCUAUGUCCCCUCGGUCACUUUCUUCCAACCCAUCAUCGAGGGACUCAUCUCCCAGCCGUGACUACUCCCCUGCCGUCAGUGCUCUCCGUUCCCCCAUCACUAUCCAACGCUCGGGCAAGAAGUACGGCUUCACCCUCAGGGCUAUCCGUGUCUACAUGGGUGACUCAGAUGUUUAUAGUGUGCACCACAUUGUAUGGCACGUGGAAGAGGGAGGACCUGCGCAGGAGGCUGGACUCUGUGCAGGGGACCUCAUCACCCAUGUCAAUGGGGAGCCUGUGCAUGGGAUGGUGCACCCAGAGGUGGUGGAGCUAAUCCUCAAGAGUGGGAACAAAGUGGCUGUGACGACCACGCCUUUUGAGAACACUUCCAUCCGCAUUGGGCCUGCCCGGCGCAGCAGCUACAAGGCCAAGAUGGCCAGGAGGAAUAAGAGGCCAGCAGCAAAGGAGGGUCAAGAGAGGAAGCGCAGCUCUCUGUUCCGCAAGAUCACCAAGCAGUCCAACCUCCUUCACACAAGCCGCUCCCUCUCCUCUCUUAACCGAUCCCUGUCCUCCAGCGACAGCCUCCCUGGGUCCCCAACCCAUGGCCUACCUGCCCGCUCUCCCACACACAGUUACCGCUCCACGCCUGAUUCGGCCUACCUAGGUGCCUCUUCUCAAAGCAGCUCCCCGGCUUCCAGCACCCCCAACUCCCCAGCCUCUUCGUCCCACCACAUCCGGCCUAGCACUCUUCACGGCCUGUCCCCGAAGCUGCACCGGCAGUACCGCUCCGCCCGCUGCAAGUCAGCUGGCAACAUUCCCCUGUCCCCACUGGCACACACGCCCUCACCCACGCAGUCAUCUCCACCCCCGCUGCCUGGCCACACUGUGGGCAGCUCCCACACCACCCAAAGCUUCCCCGCCAAGUUACACUCGUCUCCACCUGUGGUGCGCCCACGCCCUAAGAGUGCCGAGCCCCCCCGCUCCCCACUUCUUAAGAGGGUCCAAUCUGCUGAGAAGCUGGGCUGCCCGUUGGGCACUGACAAGAAAGGUGCGCUGCGUAAGCACAGUCUGGAGGUGGGGCACCCUGAUUUCCGCAAGGACUUCCAUGGAGAGCUGGCAUUGCAUAGCCUUGCUGAGGCUGAGGGCGAGACAGGCCCUGCAUCUGCUGCUGCUGAAGGGCCUGGGGCCCAGCGCCCCCCACCUAUGAGGCGACUGGGCCGCCAAGAGUCACCCCUGAGUCUGGGUGGGGGAGACCCGCUCCUAGCUGGGCCACGGGGGGGUGAUGGUCCCAAGGAAGAAAAGCCAGCUGCUGGUCCGGGACCUCCUGGUCCAGGCAAAGUCCCAGAACCUGAAGGGUCUUCCCGCAAGGAAAGGGAAGUGGGCAGCAGUAGGGGGGAGCCCCCAUGGUCAGGGGGCUGCAUGCCUCCUGGCUGCCCAACCAGGGCACCACCCCCAGGCCGGACUCUGGACCGAGAAGGGGCAGGCACAAGGCACCAGGGGGUGCAGACAGAAGAUGCAGGUGGGGCGGCCCGGGCCUUGGCCAAGGCAGCCCUGAGCCCAGUGCAAGAGUACGAGGUGGGCAGACGCAGCAGUGCCAGUGAGGCAGCCACCUCCCCACGGGGAGGCCCAGGCAGUGACCUGCCCCCUGUCCCCAUUGUUGUGGAGCCCAAGUCUGAGAUCAGUAGGCCUCCCCCAGAGGCCCCCGGAGGGAGGGUGGCCAAGGAGCGUUGGGUCCUGGAGGUGGUAGAAGAAAGAACCACACUGAGCUUGCCCCGAACGAAAUCCAUCUCUCCCAAACUCUCUCCGGAGCCCCCAGGCUCUGCCCCUGCUCCAUCCCCACCUUCCGCUAGGAAUGGGCCUGGCUCUGACCCAGGGCAUCCACAAGUCCCUGCUGCCCUUCCUAUCCCAGCUCUCCCAGGCCCUAAGAGUGAGUUAGGGCUGCUUACCCGCCUCCCUACCGAGCCUGUGCCCGGCCCAGGCCUGGCCAAGAAGGGGUCAGUGAACUGAAGGCGGGCCCUGACACUGCCCCACCUCCGGACCUUUGUAAAUAGGACUGGAGGGCGGCACCAGAUUGUACAGUGGGUUGUA